GCCUGCUCUCCCCUCCUCCCUAGCUGGCUGGCUGGCUCGGUGGGCGCUCAGUGCGCAGGCCCCGGGAGCGGGGCAUUUUAACAGGGACAAUAAUAGGUGGCGUGUGAGCCGGGAGCCGCUCAGAGGGAUGGGAUCCGAACCAGGAGAGCUCUGCAGCUAGCAGCACUGCUCGGCCGGCACAGCAAGCGGGGACUCGGGAAAGGUAACGGGAAUACCGCCAGCAUGGACAUGGGGGUUAAAGGAGGCAGAGGGAGCUCUCCGAACACUGUGUGAUCUCUGUCAUUGAAAUAAUGAUCAUGGGUAUGGAGGUAUCUGUAAGCAGAGCAUACACACGGUAUAUGUGUGCACAGUGCGAGUACAUGGCUGUACCCAUAUAAUGUGUUAUAUAUCCUGUAUACAGUUUGUGCAGUCUGUAUAUAGUGCAUAUAUUCUCUAUAUAGUCUGUGCAGUCUGUAUAUAGUGCAUAUAUUCUCUAUAUAGUCUGUGCAGUCUGUAUAUAGUGCAUAUAUUCUCUAUAUAGUCUGUGCAGUCUGUAUAUAGUGCAUAUAUUCUGUAUAUAGUCUGUGCAGUCUGUAUAUAGUGCAUAUAUUCUCUAUAUAGUCUGUGCAGUCUGUAUAUAGUGCAUAUAUUCUGUAUAUAGUCUGUGCAGUCUGUAUAUAGUGCAUAUAUUCUGUAUACAGUUUGUGCAGUCUGUAUAUAGUGUAUAUAUCCGGUAUAUAGUCUGUGCAGUCUGUAUAUAGUGUAUAUAUCCGGUAUAUAGUCUGUGCAGUCUGUAUAUAUCAUGUAUAUAGUCUGUGCAGUCUGUAUAUAAUGUAUAUAGUCUGUAUAUAUCUUAUAUAUAGUCUGUGUAUAGGGAAAAUAUCCUGUAUAUAGUCUGUGCAGUCUGUAUAUAGUCUCUAUAUCCUAGUUUGCACACAUACAGCACUAUAUGCAGGGUCAGGGUGUGAGCACUUUUAGUAUGGGAGCACUGUUAGUAUGGUAGCACUGUUAGUAUGGGAGCACUGUUAGUAUGGGAGCACUAUUAGUAUAGGGUCACUAUUAGUAUGGGAGCACUGUUACUAUGGAAGCAGUAUUAGUAAUAUGGGAGCACUGUUACUAUGGGAUCAGUAUUAUUAGUAUGGGGACACUAUUAGUAAUAUAGGAGCACUAUUAUUAGUAUUGGAGCAGUAUUAGCGAGGGAGCAGUAAUAUUAGUAUGUGAGCAAUAUUAUAAGUGUGGGAGCACUGUUACUAUAGGAGCAGUAUUAUUCGUAUAAGAGCAGUAUUAUUCGUAUAAGUGCAGUAUUAUUAGUAUGGGAGCAGUAUAUAAGAGCAGUAUUAGUAUACGAGCAGUAUUAUUAGUAGGGGUGCAGUAUUAUUUGUAUAAGAGCGGUAUUAGUAGGGAAGCACUAAUAUUCAAAUAAGAGCAGUGUUAUUAGUAGGGGAGCAGUAUUAUUCGUAUAAGAGCAGUGUUAUUAGUAGGGGAGCAGUAUUAUUCUUAUAAGAGCAGUAUUAUUACUAUGAGAGCAGUAUUAUUACUAUGAGAGCAGUAUUAUUAGUAGGGGAGCAGUAUUAUUCGUAUAAGAGCAGUAUAUUAUUAUUAUUAGUAUGAGAGGUAGUGGGUAAAAUGGACUGUUUGUGGCCGGGGUGAGCGCUGUGUCCGCUGGGUGUGAGGUUCCCCGUGACAGGCUGGCGAUGUGCAGCCAUAGUAAAUAGCUUGCCGCUCUGACACAUUCAGGAGAAACAGAUGGCAGCUAAUGACGUCACGUAUGACGCGCUCUUGGUCUCAGAAUCGAUUUCAGCACCAUGGAGAGAGCUGUGACUGUGACAGCAACAGCAACACAGGACAGACUCGGGGGGAGGACACUUCCGCCCUCUAUCUCUCACACUCUCACCAUCCCUCUGUCUCUCACACUCUCUCACCAUCCCUCUCUCUCUCUCACUCUCACCAUCCCUCUGUCUCUCUCACUCUCUCACCAUCCCUCUGUCUCUCACACUCUCACCAUCCCUCUGUCUCUCACACUCUCACCAUCCCUCUGUCUCUCACACUCUCACCAUCCCUCUGUCUCUCACACUCUCACCAUCCCUCUGUCUCUCACACACUCUCACCAUCCCUCUGUCUCUCUCACUCUCACAAUCCCUCUGUCUCUCUCACUCUCUCACCAUCCCUCUGUCUCUCACACUCUCACCAUCCCUCUGUCUCUCUCACUCUCUCACCAUCCCUCUGUCUCUCACACUCUCACCAUCCCUCUGUCUCUCACACUCUCACCAUCCCUCUGUCUCUCACUCUCUCACCAUCCCUCUGUCUCUCAUACUCUCUCACCAUCCCUCUGUCUCUCACACUCUCUCACCAUCCCUCUGUCUCUCACACUCUCUCACCAUCCCUCUGUCUCUCAUACUCUCUCACCAUCCCUCUGUCUCUCACACUCUCACCAUCCCUCUGUCUCGUUCAGAUUGGGAGAGCAGGUACAUUUGCUGUUGCUAGUCUCUGAUCUCAGUUUGUUUAUAGUAGACAGGGCUGCUAUGUCACAUCACAGGCCUGAUCUUAUCCACACACACAGUACUUCUCAGCAUCACACCUCACCGCUAAUGAGAGACACACAAUGAGAAACUGAGACAGCUCAGAACCAACAGCUAAUGAGAGAGACACACAAUGAGAAACUGAGACAGCUCAGAAGCAACAGCUAAUGAGAGAGACACACAAUGAGAAACUGAGACAGCUCAGAACCAACUUCCUAAUGAGAGAGACACACAAUGAGAAACUGAGACAGCUCAGAACCAACUUCUAAUGAGAGAGACAGAGAGAGAGAGAGUUGAGAACUGACACCUAAUGAGAGAGACAGAUAUUGUUCAGAAUUUACAGCUAAUGAGAGGGAUACAAUUGGAAACUAGGAGAGCUCAGAACUGACAGCUGAUGAGAGAUGCACAAAGAGAGAUAAACAGAGAGAGUUUAGAGCUCACAGCUAAUGAGAGACAGAAAGUUCAGAACAGACAGCCAAUGACGCAGGGGAGGAGAGAGACAGAGAGUUAAAAACUGUCUGCCAUUGAAAGCGAGAAUAUUCAGAGCUGACAAGUAAUGCAAGAGAAAGAAAGAUAGUUCAGAAUUUUAAAAGUUAUUGAGAGGGAGAGAGUGUUCAGAAGUGAUAUAAUAAGAGGGAGUUCAGAACUCACAGCUAGUGAAAAAGUGAGCUCUCAGAUCUGUCAAUGAGAGGGAACUCAUAUCUGACAGCUAACGAGAGAGUGUUCAGAAGUGAUCCCUAAUGAGAGAGAGUUUGUGUGUGUGUGUGUGUGUGUGUGUGUGUGCUUCUGUUGGGAAAUGAGGGCAAAUGGCAGUUGGACAAUAUAUUUUCCUAUAAAUUAUACUUUUAAACAUAUAUUAUAAUAUAUAAAAAAUAUUUAUUUGAGUGUGCAUAUAUUCAGGAGCUCUCUAUGAGUGAACAGUGACGAUAAACUUCAGCCAAUGGAAAUAAAAUGUGUGCUUUCUUCUUUGCUAUUAUUUACAUGUAAUACAAUGCCUCUCAUUUGUUAUAUAAUUCCAAACCACACUAGCUUUGAUUUCUUCUCCAUUUCAUCAUAACAUCAUAUCAGUCCUCAAACUGCACAGAAUGAAUCUUUCCCAUGGAAACUAGAAUUAAAUAAAACAUUACCCUAUGCUAAUGCAUGGUUUAAAAUUCUUACUUUGUCAUUUUCAUGCAAAGGUCAAAAUCAGAUUUUCCACAGUCAACCACUGUUGCAAUGAAGCAUUUGCAUUGAUAAUUGUCCUUUAUACACGCAAAGCAGUCUCCUUUACAAAGCUAGCUUGACUGCAUGAUUUUACAUGUUUAUACAGUUCUAGGCACAGACUUCUUAGUUGCUGUAGCUAAGGAGCAAUAUUCAUAGUACUGAGCUUAUACAUAUUUCUGUAUGACUCGAUCCUGGUGGAGGAGUGCCACAAAUGUUAGUUUUAACACCCACUGCUUCCUCUUUGCAGAUUUGCUUUUUAGGCUGUCUAGAUUUUCACAUUUAUAGCGUUCUCUUUUCAAGUACUGCACAGUGAUUACUGCUACCAUUUUCUUCAAAAGAAGGAGAUAAUCCAAUCAUGACAUGUUGUUACUGUGUAAGCCAGACAAAUAACAUAUUUCUAUAUUGCGGCUGGAACAAACAGGACCGCGUUUAUAAAUGUAAAAUCAGAGAAAUUAUGGAGAAAAUUGGCAAUGCUGCAGGGUUUUCACUAAAAUGAGAAUUGAACGUUAAUUAAAACUGAAUUUCAAAAUAAAUGCCAAAAUAGCCAAACUGGAAAAAAUCUCUAAGUUAGCUAUGCUUCCAUUUCAAUUACCGUGGCAUAAAAUUUAUAAUUCACUGUGAAUUCUCAUUUUCGCAAAUAACCCUGCUGGCGUCAGUAGGUGAAUCAUUUAGUUGUUUUCAGUGCCGAAUGCUCCAGAUAUAGUACUCUUCCUCAGAAUUGUUCCUUUUUCUUUUUUGCUGAAUGUAGGCAAUGCUAAUGCCACCUAUUUAUUUUAAUUACUGAACUGUUACAUAUUAAAUAUCAUGACUAGAAUUACCAGACCAGGAUGAGGUAAAAUGGUGUGAUUUUCUCAAUAUGCUUUGUUGUCAGUGCCACUGGGUCAUCUUAAUCAUGUGUCAUUUAGAGUGAUUGAAAAUGUGCAAGUGACGUGUAUGGAUAAAAAAUUGAGGCAUGCAUUGUGAGAUGAUUUUUUAUUAAUUUACUGUAUGACUUUAUUUUACAAAUACUGUUUAAACAACAAUAUGCAUAGGAUAGGGCAUUUAUGAUUUUAUGAGAUAUAUAAGGGACAGAGCAAUAAUUAGCUAUUGUGGUUGGUGGGAAGUGAAUAGAAAUUAAAGUGUGGUAAGUAUGUAAUUAUGUACGUUAUUCUGAUACUUUGUCAUAGUGAGGGUUCUCUAGAAAGCAAUGCAAGAUAUCAGAGACCUAUGAUAAAUUGCAUGUACCUGAGUAGAAAUAAAUAUAUAAUUAAAGACUAAGAUGAGCUUUAAUAAAGUACCACUAAAGGUACCCAGACCACUUAAUCACAAUGAAGUGGUCUGUGUGCAGUGGCCCUCUAGCUUUAAUCCCGCAAUGUAAAAAAUUACAGCCCGUGGCAAAACAGCAGGAAUCUCUGAGGUAGAGAGUGCAACCAGGCCCCUGUGUUCCCACUGUUACAGAAAGCUCAGGAGAUAGCCAGCUGGCCACCUUAAGGCCCCCCUUGGGACAGGUACUUAUUUACUAAGGCAGAGUAGGCAACUGCUUACCUGGAUGGCAGGUGACUACUUUGUCGAAAUAUACAAGGGGGGAGAGGGGAGGUAGGUGGCGAGGGAGCGCUGAUGUUCUUGCUGUUCCUUACUGCUCCCUGGUGUGCCAUGAUGUGAUGCCAGGAGCUGAAAUAUGAUGUGACUCAGGCCCUGGCAUCAGUAAGCAGCAUGUGAGAGAGCAGUGAGUUAGAGCAGGAAGAGGAGUCACUGGACCUAGGGACAGGAUCCCCACCGGACCCCAGAGGGAAGAUUCCCACCAGGCUUCAGGGAGAGGACAUACACCAGCUUAGGCAGGCUGGAUAGGCCUAAAAAAAUUAAAAUAAAACCACAAUAAAUAAAAUUAAUUUGUGGCUAUUUGUGCAAGAAUGUGUAAAUGUGUGAGUAUGUCAGUAUCAGUGUGUGUCUGUCAGGGUGUGUCAAAUCAGUGAGCAUAUGUGUCUGUCUUUAAAAGUGUGUGUCAGUGUGUCAAAUCAAUGAGUGUGUGUGUGUCGGUAAUUCAGUGUCAAAUCAGUAAGUGUGUCUCUGUCAGUGAAUGUGUAUGUCAGUGGCGUACACAUGACCCAUGGGGCCCCGGUGCAAAAAUUGAUCUGUGGGCCCCCCCAACCCCCCCGCGCUUACUCGGCGCGGGUUGGGGUCGCAACACAUGAUGGCGGGCACCUGGUCGCAGGGGUUGCAGGGCUGCAACCCCGCGACCGCGGUAUGCACACACACUUAAAGGACCACUACAGACACCCAGAUCACAUCAGCUCAAUGAAGUGGUCUGGGUGCCAGGUCCCUCUAGUUUUAACCCUGCAGCUGAAAACAUAGCCGUUUCAGAGAAACGGCUAUGUUUCACUGAGGGUUAAUCCAGCCUCUGGUGGCUGUCUCAUUGACAGCUGCUAGAGGAGCUUCCGCGAUUCUCACUGUGAAAAUCACAGUGAGAAGACACUCAACGUCCAUAGGAAAGCAUUGAGUAAUGCUUUCCUAUGGGCGGUUUAAAUGCGCGCGCGCCUCUUGCCGCGCAUGUGCAUUUCGGAGCUGAGAGGCGGACACUGGGGAGUCCGACGCUGGAGAAAGGUAAAUGCUGAAGACACACACACACACUCUCACGAACAGACGCAUACACACUAGCUAACAGACACACACAUUUACUGACAGAGACACACUCAGCGACAGACAUACAUACACACUCACUUACAAAACAUACACUUUCACUGACAAACACACACUCACUAACAGACAUCAAACACACUCAGUAACAGACACACACAGUAACACACUCACUAGCAGACACACACCCAAUAACAGACACAUUCACUGACACACACACUAACACAAGAGAAACGGCUAUGUUUCACUGAGGGUUAAUCCAGCCUCUGGUGGCUGUCUCAUUGACAGCUGCUAGAGGAGCUUCCGCGAUUCUCACUGUGAAAAUCACAGUGAGAAGACACUGAACGUCCAUAGGAAAGCAUUGAGUAAUGCUUUCCUAUGGGCGGUUUAAAUGCGCACGCGCCUCUUGCCGCGCAUGUGCAUUUCGGAGCUGAGAGGUGGACACUGGGGAGUCCGACGCUGGAGAAAGGUAAAUGCUGAAGACACACACACUCUCACGAACAGACGCAUACACACUAGCUAACAGACACACACAUUUACUGACAGAGACACACUCAGCGACAGACAUACAUACGCACUCACUUACAAAACAUACACUUUCACUGACAAACACACACUCACUAACAGACAUCAAACACACUCAGUAACAGACACACACAGUAACACACUCACUAGCAGACACACACCCAAUAACAGACACAUUCACUGACACACACACACUAACACAAACACUGACACACACUAACACAAACAAACACUGACACACACACAUACACACUAACACACACAUACACUAACACACACACACAUACACUAACACACACACACAUACACUAACACACACACACACAUACACUAACACACACUAACACACACACUUUUUUUUUUUCAAAUUUAAUCCCCCCAGCCUCCUUACCUUUCGGAGUGUUGGGGGUUUCCCUGGGGUCCAGUGGUGGUGCUGCUGGGCUCCUGGACAGCAGGUCACUGGGUGGGCAGGCUGUCUGGGCGGCGGGCGCGCGAGGGAGCACUUUCCCCUGUGUGCUUCUUCUAUAGCUCCCUCGCGCGCCGCGUAGGGAUGCCGGCGCCGGAAGAUGACGUCAUCUUCCGGCUCCGGCAUCAGUGCGGUGCGCGAGGGAGCUGCAGAGGAAGCACUGAGUGCUCCCUCGCACGCCCGCCUGCCCGACCGGCCACCUGCCCGCUGGGGUCAGCAGGGCCAGCCUCGGGGGACCCUGGGGUGGCCGCCUCCUGGGCCCCCCAGGGGAAGAGGCUGUCCCUGUGGGUACAUACUGGGUCGCAGGGGCGGCCGGGCCCCCUGGUGGGCCGGGCCCAGUCGCAACCGCGACCCCUGCGACCCUGGUAUGUACGCCACUGGUGUAUGUCAGUCUAUGUGUAUCUGAAUGUGUGUCUGUCAGUAAGUUUCCAUUUGUCUAUCAGUGAAAGUGUGUGUUUGUUAAACCAAGAGUGUAUGUCAGUGAAUAUGUAUCAGUGAGUGCGUGUGUCUGUCAGUGAAAGUGUGUGUUGGUUAAACAGCGUGUGUGCCAUGUCAGUGAGUGUAUGUCAGUGUAUGUAUAUAAUUGAGAGUGUAAGGGGGUUACCUUCUCUGAUUCAUGCUCCGGAGUGCUAGUUAUACACCCUGACUACAGUUUUGUAGAAACUGCUAUAUUUACAUUGCAGAGUUGAACAGAUAUCCAGUGGCUGUCUUCACUGUGAGAAAUGAAUCAACCUGAGUUAUCAAUCAAAUGCUGCUUUUGUAGCAGCUUUUGACUGACUCAGCGCAUGUACACAAGCCUCGCAAUGGUUCACUAUGGGGAGGCAUUGGAUUGGCUGAGAACAUCAAGACUGAUGAGCUCAUCCAUGGAGGUAGGGCAGCUGUGGUUAGAGCACCUUUGUGAUAAAAAGGUACGUAAACUUACUUUUUUACUUCACUCUGAGGGAGAGGAAUACAGUAAUCCUAAAGGACAACUGUCACCAUUUUUAAUAACCAUAUUUAAAAGAAUAAUUAUUUCACCAAGUUUUGAAAGGAAAUAGAUUGCUUUUAAAAUGAAGUAUAUGUAAAAAUGAAAAAAAAAAAAAACUUUAGUAUAUGAAAGUUUAAUUUAGCCAUACACAUGCACCUUGGGUCAGACAGUGUUUGAAAAAAGACAAUUAGGGGUAGCCCUACAUUGAGGGGACAACCUGACCUGACCACUGCUGUGGCCUGGGUGGACCCGGGGGGGGGCGGGGUUUGGGCUCCGUCCCUUGCCUCGGCCCUCCUGGCUGACCCAGCUCUGUGCUGAACACAACUCCCUCACCCUCUUUCCUAUCCCCUCUUACUCCUAUCCCCUUCCUUCUUCUUUCUCUCUUCAGACAGGUCUUCACCUGACCAAUAAAAUAAUUGAGGGGUGGACAUCAUACAGAUAACUUAAGAACCCCGAUGACAGCAGGUGGACACAUGGAACUAGGGACUGCAGGUGGUUUACCACAGACGAGGCUGGGGCUCCCCAGCCACAUUCGAUGGCUAGCAACCUACAUGCACUUGGCCCCAAACAGGCUCCCACCCACCGUAACAUUUUGCUUAAGUACUUCCUCCUCCAUUAAUCACUGUAUAUUUGCAGAGUACCUAGCGGAACCUAUGUCUCAACAAUGUUGCCAAUUCUGAUUCUACCAUGGUCAAACUACUGCUUAUGUUUCUGCAUACCACUGUAUAUGUCACUGUCUACCACUCAAACACAAAUAAAGAAUGUAAAAAAAAACAAAAAAAAAAACAGACAAUUAGUCUCCAUGACCUUCACUGCUUUGGUUUUCAAACACUGUCUGACUCAAGGUGUAUGUAUAUGGCUAAAGGAUCCUGUCAUAUACUAUAAGUAGGGGCGAGUUUUUCUUAUUUUCUUUUCUUUUUGCAUAUACCUCUUAAAAAAAUAAAUUUUCUUCCAAAACUUGAAGAAAGGGUUAUUAUAUAACAGAUGGCAGGUCACUACAGUGUUAGGAAUGCAUGUUUAUAUUACUAACAAUCUCUGUAAUGGAAGUGUAUGUGACAACAACAUAUGAUUUGGAAUAAUUCUUUAACUCAGCUAUAGUCACAGCCAGACUAUUUUUGCCUAAUUUUGCAAUUCAUUUUUAAGUAAAAAAACAGCAGGUUUAAGUCCACCUCUUGUGGCUGUCAGUAUGACAUUCACUAGUGGCCCUUCUGCGGCACAGAAUGAGUAAAACUUAUUCACAUGAUGUGGAAUGCCCAUAGGAAAGAAUUGAUUCAAGUUUAAAGGGACACUAUAGCCACCAGAACAACUACAGCUUAUUGAAUUUGUUCUGGUGAGUAGAAUCAUUACCUUCAGGCUUUUUGCUGUAAACACUGUCUUUUCAGAGAAAAUGCAGUGUUUACAUUACAGCCUAGUGAUGACUUCACUGGCCACUCCUUAGUUGGCUGUUAGGGAUCCUUCCUGGGUCAUGGCUGCCUCAAAUGCAUCCAAACAUUCAGUAUCUCCUCCCUCUGCAUGUAAACACUGAACUUUCCUCAUAGAGAUUAAUUGAUUCAAUUCAUCUCUAUGAGGAGAUGUUGGUUGGCCAGGGCUGUGUUUGAAUCAUGCUGGCUCUGCCCCUGAUCUGCCUCCUUGUCAGUCUCGGCCAAACCUAUGGGGAAGCACUGUGAUUGGAUCAGGCUACCACUUCUGAUGAUGUCAGUAGACCUAUUGUUUUUCUGAGUCUAACAGCAUUCAGAGUUACAGCUUCAGGCUUGAAUACAGUAAGCUUUUGCUAUAUUUAUGGAGGCAUGAGGGGCCCAGGGGGAAUAGAGAGUGGUUUUAACACUAUAGGGUCAGGAAUACAUGUUUGUGUUCCUGACCCUAUAGUGAUCCUUUAAAUGCACACUGUGCUUGCCACACAUCCACAUUAGGUCUCCAGUGGUCCCAUUUUUUUUUUAUGUUUGGAAGAGCAGAUUCGUAACGCUAUGGUGUUCCUUUUAUAUUUUGUUAUCUUUAUAUGUUAAUGGUGUAAUAUUAUAAGUAGAAACAAUGAAGUAAAAUGAAAUUUUUAACAUUUGCUAGUAAUUUUACUGGGAAGUUAUAGUGGCUUUAACUAUAUUUGGAGCAAUGUGUUAUACAUAUGAAGUGCAAUUUUUGGCACUAGUUUAAAAAAAAGACACAAUGGGAGUUAUGUAUAAUAAUUGUUGCAUUCACUUUUACAUUUAUACCAGUUUUGUGCUAAUGUGCCAUUGUCGUAUGUAUAAAGCUGUUACUCAAUCUUUAUACAUUCAUGACUUCUUUUUCUCUCUUUUCUGUACUGCUCCAAAGUCAUCCAUCUCAAUCCUGAUACUUUUUACUCUUUUGAGUUUUUUGCUCCUUUCUUAUCAUUUUAGCAUUGAUUGUAUUCACAGAAUAGUAACAUAAUUAAGGAAAAAAGACACAUUCACAAUUUGACAGUUAUAUUUAUUCUUUAAACUAUACUAUUGUCACCAAAACCACUUUAGCAUAAAAGUAGGUCUGCAUAAACAAAGUGAUUUUACAGAAAAUGAAUGUGAGACUGUAGGGGCCUGAUCUAUACACCAAAAGUGCAAAACUUAUACGUAUAGAUCUAACCCCUACAGUCUCACAUUUAUUUUCUGUAAAAUCACUUUGUUAAUGCAGACCUACCUACCUGCAAGUAACACGCACAGCACUUGUUAAGUGAGAUCUAAUGUUUACACUUCCUUUCUUUCAAAUUCUAUUAAUUUUAGAAUUUCAUAUCUCCUGCUCUGUUAAUAGCUCGCUAGACCAUCUUGGUAAUUGAAGUUCAAUUUAAAGAGCAGGAGAUAACUACUUUUAUUUUUAUUUUUUAUUCUUUAUUUUAAGUUGCCAUCAGACAGAGAUCAAUACAAGAGGCACAUUGCAUACAUUACAAAAUCAUAACGAUCGACUUUCCAGUAAAGUGUACAAUGUGUUAAAUCAAAUUAAGCUGCAGUGUCCUGUCAGAUUCUCAGAUAUGCAGUAUGAAUGGCUAUGAAUCCGACAACAAGAUUUUUAUUAUCAUAGAGAAACAUAAUUUAACAGUAGUAAUUCUGUUUACUGGGCAAGGGGGCAUUAUUGCUUUCUUCUACCAGGCCCCGCCUCCCCUAUUCCCCUCUCUCCUUCACUCUCAAGGGCACCUGAAGCUGAUGACGUCCCCCUUAAGUUGCUCCACUGGUUGAGCGGACCUCAGUGGGCCACAGGGCCCCCCAUAAAAUCUCUAGGUGGCUCGAUCACUUGUGGAAAAGACAAAUUAUAUGUUAUCUUUAUAGUCAUGCCACGGUUCCCAUAUCUUAUGAAACGAGGAAAGGGAGUUAUGUAGUGUUGCUGUUAGUGGAUGCAUUAAGUGGUUUUCCUCUAUCUUGGCCCUAACCUCUCCAAUAGAUGGAUGGGAUUGUUGCAGCCAGUGAGCUGCCAAGACUCACCUAGCUGAAAAAGUAAUUUUAUUACAUAGUUUAUUUUGCUACUACCUUGCUAUCCUUCAGGAGCGAGUUAUUCAGACGCCAUGUCCUUUGCGUUGGAGUCAGAAAUCGUCUUAAAGAGAGAUGAAUAUCUCCAUGGUCCGACCAGGAUAUGGACCGAAUGUCCACUGCCUGGACCACUGGAACAGUUUUCCGCGAGACUAAGAAAAGGUCGAUGCGGGAAUAUGUCUCAUGUAGGUCCGAAUAGAAUGUGUAGUUGCAUUCCCCUGGGUGGUGCACCCUCCAUACAUCUACGAGUUCACAUUCCUCCAUAAAGUUCCUAAGGAGUCUGUCAUUAGAAGGAAGGAGACAUCCAGCCUGCACAGGUGACCCGAGCUGACCAGGUAAUGGAGAUAAUGUAAAAACCAAAGAAAAUAAAAAGUUACCUGCACUCUCUCCUUAAUCCCUAUGUAUAUUUAGACAAAUGGAGGUCAUUUAGUUGCUCCAAUGGCCAGUGGAGGGAAUGCCCACCUGCCAACCUCAAGGCAGAACCCCCCUAAAGCGGGUCCUAACACUGACCCUUCAGCCUGCUUCAUUGAGCUUCUGGCAAAGAUAUCUCUAAUGAGCCAGAGGGGUAUUUUUUUAUAUAUAACCCUAUAUACUUAUUAACCCUUAAUAGGGAACACAUGGGAUGGGCGGCAGCAUUGUAACAAGGCUAUGUGAUACAAAGUAAAUACAAAUACAAAAAGAUAAGUCCUGCGCUCACUCCCAUCACUACUGGGCCGGCAGCAAUGACUACAGUACACAUCAGCCCCGAUAUAUAGUAAAAACCAAAGAAAAGAAAAAGUUACCUGCGCUCUCUAGAGCCUUACCUGCUGCCGGCCCAGUAAUGGUGAUAAUGGGCAUAGCAGAGCAGAGGAGGGAGGUGGCUCGACAGUUAAUGGGGCCUGAACUGCACUGCUCUAUUAGUUCAUUAUAGGUUGUUUUUUUGUGUUAGUAUUCUUUAUGAUUGGUAGGAGAUUUUCUACCAGCCCGGGCACCAACCCAUAAAACAGGGACCCAAGCCCCCACCCGUCGAUAGGGCACGCGGCCCAUAGCGGGAAGCCUGAACACUGGAUGCCCCCCUUCCAGGGUGGGGAUGUCACGGGGGGGGGGGAGCUCUGGUGUUCUGGCUUCCUGCUAUGGACCAGGUGCUCUAUCAAUGGGUGGAGGCACCGGCAAACCCACCCGAGACUGCCCCCAGCCAUCUUUCAUACCAGAGACCUCACCCAUCCAACAAACCCCAAAGUAGAAGCACAGCAAGGCAUCUGGGCACCCGUGGGCCUGCAGAAAGGCACCACCCAAGUCGGUCUCUUGUACCCUUCCCAAAACAAACCUAGCCCCUGCCAAGGAAUCUUCUCUCGGCCCCCCCGCUUCAGUAAUUGUCUCACACCACAGUGUCUUCUCAUUCUCUUUGCAUAUACUGUCUGUAUCUCAAGUUUUGUAUGUACAGAGUUAUUCGUACCUGCUGUAUCCCCCCCUCUUCACCCACACAUCCUUUCCCCAAAAGGAGGAUAAUCAUAACUCCCACUCGGGACUCCGACAAGAUUCCCAUGCCUCCGCCAUCCCUGCAGCACCCCCAAAACGGGCUGAGGACCACCAGAGGCCACCCCAGCCCACAUCAGCUCCCCACCGCCCAACCAACAGUAUCCUAGCCACCUUUCUGCCGCUCGGCUCGUGGUGUACUUUGCAGAUAACUUUUAAAAUAAGUAACAUCUAAUUAAAUAUGAAACCAUUUUGUUUUCAAGCAGGCUGUGUCACUCACAGUCAGCGGUGCUGUGGCUAAGACUGCAUGAACAGAUACAAACAAAAGUGAUUUAACUCUCAAAUUACAGAGAGACUGCAGGGGCAUGAUCUAUCAAAGUGUUAUGAAAAAUGUAAGAACAGAAGUGAUUUUGUUUUUGGUCUCAUAUCUAAAUGUAUGUAUAAAAUUUUUUAACAAUUAUCCAUGUCAGUUUUUCUCUUUCUAAAUUCCUUUUCAGAAAUAUCCAUUUCAGAAAAGACUGACAAAUUUAGAAUGGCCAAAAACAGAGUAAAACUAUACACUCGUUUUUGGAACAGGUGACAUAUGGAUUGAUAAAUCUGUUGCAUUGCAGAAACAUAGCAUACAUUCAAAAAUAAGGGUUAGGGAGCAAAAGAAUACAUAAAAAAUGAUGCACACUAAAUUAAUAAUCAAAUUCAAUCACUUUAUUAUACUAUCAAAAAAUAUAUUAUAACAAACAACUGUAAUACUAAAAUACACCAUAGGCAACAAGUCAAACAGUUACAUAGAUCCCCAAAGGUCUGGACCACUAACCCACCCCCCCAUACCCCGUAACAUUUCAGCACCAGUGACUUUUUUAAAGGAACGCCCACUCUAUGUUUAAUUUGAUAGUGUAAUUUGCAGAGACGUGAUUCUUUCCAAUGGUAAUUUACUACCUUAAAGGAGCAAUAUGUGCAACGUUAUAAUUAUUGUAGAUAUACUUUAACAAAACUCCUUUUUUCCAUGUUCAAGUGCAUCAUUAGGGCUGUAUAAAUAAAAAUAAAAAAAUUAUAAUUAUAAUUUAUUGUGAAGAAAAUCUGGUAUAUUCUGACUCAACCGCAACCCAUUGUAUCUUACAUUUUAAGUUUAAUAUUUAAUAGCUAUGGAUUUAUUUAAGUGACUCAGAGAUGUAACAUAUGAUGUAAAAUAAUCUGUUUAUAGUUUCUGCUGUGACAUAAAGUGCAUUAAAUGUUCAGCUCAUAUUUCAAACUCGCAUGAGACAAUUACAAACCAUAACAGGAACAAUAGGUUGAGAGAACCCUGCUCGAAAGAACUUACAAUCUUACCUCUUCUGCCCUUUUACUCUUGAUCUGUAGGACAAGUAGUCACAGAAUGUAUUCUGACUUCUUCAAGUCUUUCAUGCUAUUGUUAUGUUGUGUGCCCACUCAUUUCACUUUUAAAUCACAGCAUCAAUGGGAAUGCAUGGGCUCAAUACUUGUUUUCUCACUGAACAGAAUAAUUGACUGGGAAGGGGUGUAAUUUACGUUAGCAAUGUCCCUGGUUUGCCUAAAAAUCAUAGAGAUAUAUUUUAAAAUCAUCUACUGGAUUUAAUAAACAGGUCUUCAAAGAGAUGUUUAAAUUGGCCUUCAUUAUAUUUUUGUAUUUUUUUUUAUCCCCUUUGAAACUUUUCUACUCUAUCUUCAAAAUUAAAACUUCAAUUCCCCGUAUUAAUUCCACUGACUAUAUCUGCACUUUUUCUAGUUGCAUAAUGUCUGUGAAAGAUUAAUGUAGUAUUAACACAGUAUAUCAGUAUAGUGCUCCUUGCAACAAAUCUCUAUGUGUCUUCAACUUUGUGUGAUAAAGCUAAGAGUCGGUCUUUUAGCACUUUACAGUCAAGGCUGUGAAAUUCCCACUGUUGAUUUUGUUGCCUGAUAAAAUAGCUGUAAAUGGGGUGCUUUCUGACAGUCACAGAGAAGUGCAGCAGAUGUUAUUUUGUAGUAAUUAUGAUGUAUGAUAUAUCACAAUGCACAGAGCACUCAAAUUCUAAUUAGCAAUUAUCAAAAUGUUGUCUUUUUUUUUUCAUUUAUACAUGUAUGUAAAAUGUAACUUCAUAAUUGAUGGAAAAAAUGUGGCACAAGCACAUCGUGUUUCUUGAAUCCUACCUGCAUACUGCCCAAACCUACUUACUGGAGAUAUAUUUACAAUAAAGGGAUACUAUAAUGCCAGGAAUACAAAGCUGUAUUCCUGGCUCUAAAGCACCUCUCCCUGUCGUCGUCGUCCCCCCCUUCCCUCCUACCCCGUCACGAUGAAUAAAGGAUUAAAAACCAUUUAUUUACUUAUCUGAUCCCAGCUCCGAUGACCCUUGCGUGUAUUAGGCCUCGCCACAGUACCUGGUCGUUGAACGCCUGGAAAUAUUAUCGGCCUUGCGUCUCUGCGAACCCGGGCAAAGUUCGUACCACUGCCCUUUCAACUUCCUGACCAUCUUGACGAAUGACGUUCGGGAGAUAUGAUCUACCGAACAGGGGGAGCAUUAGCUCCAUAGCAGCCAGGGGGAGUGUUCAUCGGUGUUCGCACAGGAACCCCCGAAAGUGACCGGCCAUCUUGUCCAAUCUUCUGGAACUUUUUGGGCAAUCCCCUCAUGGCUGGUCAUUCAAAACUUUAUUCGAACAUAACAAACUCCACCAAACCGAUCUGAGUGCUUUUCGGAUAGGUUGUGCACUCAUGUAUUUUUGGGGUAUGUUAAAAAUGUAUGAAAGUUUCUGUAUUUGAGAUAUAAUGGAAUUAUCUUAAAUUGAGCUCAAUUAUCUCUCAAACACAAAGGCUCUUGGGAAAUAAACCCUUGUGUUCUUGAUCUGGAAACCCCAUGCUAGGGGCAAUGCAUAAAACCUGUGUGGGGCAGAAUAAAGUCAGUUGUACUCCCAGAACUGUGUGUCGUCCAGUUUCUGGGGAGGAGGUGGGCUAUUUACUUGGCAUUUUCUUGUUCCUGAUUCUACUCUUGGCGAUCCAGCACAGAAAAGUCCCUGCUAGGAUUAUGGCUCUGCUACACCCAGGAUAUAGGAUAAUGCAUUUAAAUUUUGCAGUGCUAGCUAGUUUUAAGAGAAAAACAGAAACAUCUGGCUUUUACCUUGUAGAUUUUAAAUGGGGUAAACAUAAAAGAAGGAAAAAUAAAAAUAUAUUUUCUAAGUCAUAUAUUAUCCAAGCAUGUCAUAAUAUAUGUUAAAUGUGAUCUGUCACACAUUUUUUCAUUGCUAUUGACAAUAUACAGGAGUAAAGGGUUGCAUUCAGUCAUUCAUAUUAAAAUAGAUUGAUGCUUGGAAAUAAAGGACAGACAGAUGGUAACUUAAAUGACAGCACUCACUGAUUUAGGGUACAAGAGCUGAUAUUUAAGGUCAAUUGAAUGUCUUUAGAGUGGCUUCUUGCAGAGGAUAAAGUGAUAAUCAUAACUUCUACUAGACUAUGGUGGUAUACAGCUUAUACACGCGUGAAUGUCAGGGGAGUGUUGCUAGGAAAAUGCCAGAUGUUUAGGAAUUCACGUUCAUUUGGGAAUACGUAUCACUGAAUGGAGUGACUGAAAAUGCAUAAGUCCAAGAAUGAAAGUGUAUAAUGAUAAAUUAGCCUGCCAAUGUUACUAAGAAGCCAUGUACUUACCAGCAGCAUUUUCAGUGUGAUGUAAACAAAAGGUAGGCAUUGAUACAAAGAAGCCUGAGAUACAGUGUGACCUUAUUUAGCUCAAUGACUAAAGCAGCACAGUUUGGCAAGCAAUAACAUUUGGAUUUGUUUAAUGCCCAGUGAACAUGAUCCCUAAACUCUCAUAACCUGAAGUAAAACCACUACUAUGGGUCAGCUGGGUGAGAUACAUGCAUAACAGCUAUAAUAUAGCACCAGUCUUAUCACAGAAGCUAAAACAAAAAUGUAUCCUCCAAGGCUGUACUAGAGAAUAAAUACAGACUGGCAUCUAUAUUAUGCUAACCGUAGCUACGAGUGUUUAAAAAACAAAAAUAAUAUUUUAAUUAAAGCAGUCACACCCCGAAAAGACAAGGCCCUUAAAUGAGGAUGAGAAGGAAAAAUGAAGACUCCUGUAUCAUACAGGAACAGAAUCAGGUCUAGAUUACUAGUGUUAGCCGUACAAAUAGUACCUUAAUCAGACUGUGUUAAAUUGACUGUACACCAGGAAAUUGAAUUCUGCUGUUUCAAAAGGUUGUUGCAUAAAAGGGUUUUGUAUAGCGCAGAUGUUAUUCUAACAAUACCAUGUAGAUGUUCUAUUUCUAGUGCACAAUAUCUAUCUAAUUAUCCCUCCAUUCAUCCAUUUAUAUGUGUAGUUUAGUGGUUUUGUAAUAUUUUAUUGCAAACCGGUAGAGCUAUGUUUCGGUCUCAGCCAGGAAUUGAGCAUGGGGCACUCAUCUUUUACAAUGACCAGGAAAGAGACAGAAUUACAAACUCCUUGUUCAGCAACAGGGAUAUAGGGUUUAUAAUAAAUGUGUUUUUUGUCCAUUAGCUGCAGGGGAAGGACUGAAAAUAUCAAUGUAGGCAUUAUCAGGCCCCUGUAAUAACCACCGUAGGUGGGUAUCAAAUAUAUCCGUAUUCAACACCAGAUGCGACUGAGGUGUUGGUCCAUUCCACUGUCCUUUCUCGCCUUGACUACUGUAAUCCGCUUCUCAGUGGUCUUACGUGCUCCCAACUUGCGCCGUUAUAGUCCAUAAUGAAUGCGGUGGCGAGGCUCAUCUUCCUGUCCGCCCGCACCUCCCAUGCCUCACCCUUUUGUCAGUCCCUACAUUGGCUUCCUAUAAAAUAUAGAGCUCAAUUUAAAAUUCUGGUUCUUGCUUUCCAAUCUCUACAUAAUGGUGCUCCCACCUAUCUAUCCUCCCUUAUACACAAGUAUGUCCCGUCUAGACGCUUACGAUCUGCUAAGACUUACGUCUAUCUUCUGUCCGUACUCCAAACUCUGAUGCUCGCCUCCAAGAUUUCUCGAGGGCUGCACCGUUCCUGUGGAACUCGCUUCCCUCCUCCGUUAGAUGCUCACCCAGUCUCCACUCCUUCAAAAAAUCGUUAAAAACCCACUUCUUCAUAAAAGCGUAUCAAUUAAAUUUUAAUAGCUCCUGCCUGAUUCCUCUUCUGCAACUAUCACUAGUCUAAUACUAUCCUUACCUUUUUGUGUCACUUUACCCCACUCCCUCUAGCAUGUAAAGCUCAUUGAGCUGGGCCCUCAACCCCUGUGUUCCUGUGUGUCCAACUUGUCUGGUUACAACUACAUGUCUGUUCGUCCACCCAUUGUAAAGCGCUGCGGAAUUUGACGGCCCUCUAUAAAUAUCAUAAUAAUAAUAAUAAUAAUUACAGCUGUUUUUAUAUUAAACAUUAAAACAAUAUUUGGUUUUGACCCUUUCACUGGGGCAUGUUUCAGCAACAUAUACUUUAAAAUAUUGUAAGAAUAAUCCACUUUAGUUUUUUUAUAUUUAUGUUCAUAUGAUAAUUUAUAUGGUACCAAUGGCUUUCACAUGAUGACAUGAGACAUUCUGUUACUUUACAUGUUAUAAUCACAUAUUAUUCAGAUACUCAUGUAUUUAAUUAUAAAUGAGUAAUAAAUAAAAGGUGUAUUGGCAUUACUUAUAUAAUAUUGUGCUGAUUGCUCUUAUUGCAGCUUGCAAGGAUGAGUGCGUGUGCUGACAUCUGUGGGUCCAAGCAGUCUCAGAACACCCCUGAAGGAGGAUAUCAUCGCUAUGGAGUUCGGUCCUAUCUACACCAGUUUUAUGAGGAUUGCACAGCUUCAAUCUGGGAAUAUGACGAUGAUUUUCAGAUCCAGAGAUCACCUAGUAGGUGGAGCUCUGCUUUCUGGAAGGUACAUAAUCAAAUCUCAUAACUCAAACAUUGUUAGAGUUUAAUGACACUGAUAGGGUAAUUUAAUUUUUGUUGUCUGCUGUAAUAAAAAAGGGAAAUCCAUCUAUUUGCCCAAGGCCAAAACAAGCCAUCAUCAUUUGUAGUUUUUUUUUCUGAGUUCAUACAUUCAGGCCUGUUUACAGUUAACACUUCCCUGCCUAGCAUCCACCCCAAUCCCUAAUGCAGUUAUAUUAUAGGCAGACAUUGGACAAUAUGUGAUUGAUGUUUCAGUCCUAACAAUGAGCUUUUCUCAAAAAUGGUAAAAUGAAAGAGAGGUUAUGCAACAUAAUUUCACCAGAGACAUAAGUAAAGGAAAAUACAUAUAUAAACAAAAUCACAACAAGGCUGUAAACCGAACUGUUGGCUAAAUUCAGGUCAGAUAAUAAAAUCAGUCACAGAUAAAUGGAAAACACAAAUCAUUAGAAGUAAAUAUGUGAAUAAUGAAAAACCUUGACUAGUGAGCCAUAUUACAGUGAGUGGGGCAGAGUCAUGGUAACCAGGAGAUACGGAUAAAGAACAUGCAGAUAAUGAGUGCCUCCAAAGAGCUUUUGGUGAAAAGCAUAAUGGAGUGAUAGUAAUUCAUCGAUUACACAAUAGUAUUACAUACUUACUGUAAUUUUAUUUUCCUGGCUAUUUUACAAGGUAGCAACACUUAUGGGUACCUGUGGGUAACUCCUCCCUAGUUUAGACAACAUUAAUGAGUAAUUAAACAAUUAAGAACUGAUAAAAGCCCUCUCUCUUCUGAGCAACACAGUCUAACAAGUUCUACAAAAAAAUAACCCAGAAGGCAGCGCGGUGCUUCCAUGUAAAAUUGCCAGGAAAAGAAAAUGAUGGUAAGUAUGUGAUAUAUUUUCUGCUUCCCUGGCUAAAUAUGGCAGCAUCACUUAUGGGAACUAUCCAAGUUCCACAGAGAGGGUGGGAAAUCAAAACAAGAGAGACUUUAAUAAUGAAAAUGGAAAACAAUCUUUAGUUUAGUUGCAUAAAUCCACCAAAGCCAAAACACUUAUUUCAAAUUGAGAGGUCAAGUUUAUAGUACUUCACAAAUGUGAGGUGCGAAUACCUGGUGGCUUCCUUACAUAUCUCCUCCACUGGAACCUGCUAUGUAGAAUCCCAGGAAGUUGCCAAGCCUCUUGUGGAAUGAGCUUAAUGUUAUGUGGUGCAGGUUGGCCCUGUAAAGAAUAGGCUUUGCUAAUAGUCAAUGAAAUCCAUCAUCGGAACUUUUUGAAGACAGCUCACAACAUCCAGUUUACUUGAGAAAAAUACUUCUGGAGACUUUGGAUUGGGAAAAAUCUAAAGACAACACUUUUUUCUGUUGAAGAUUGAACUUAGAGAUCACUUUAGGCACCAGCACUACUCGAUCCUAAUGGAUCGACAAAGCUUGUAAUUCAUUUGAAAAGUUUAUAAAAUCAUGGCCUAUAUUAUAGAUUUACAUAAACUUACUUAAACCUUAUUUAGUAUUGUUGGAUAAGCUUUUCAAAUUAUUUAAUAUUUUUGGAUAAACUUUUAAAAUAUUUUUCAUAGUAUUAAAUAAUUUUUAAAGUUUUUCCAAAACUGUGAAAUAAUUUGAAAGACUUAAUCCGUCAAUAUUAACCCCUUAACGCCGUUACGGCGUUCUAUGCUGUCCCGCAUUAAAUGGGCUUUAAAGCCGUUGCGGCGGCAUAGAACGCCGUAACGGCUUUGAGCCCUGGAGCCGCUGGGAUACUUACCUUCCCGGCGCUCUGCUUCUGGAGGACUGCCUCACAGCCCAGGCAGCCCUCCCAUGCCAAAUCAGGCCCCCGGGGGCCAUGUGAUCGCUCACAUGGCCCCCUAUAGCUGGCUGUGGAUCUGCCAGCAGGGGGACUGUCUGGAGUGUCAGACAGUCCCCCUGCUGGUGGGAGGUGUAAAAAAACAAUUAAUUAAACAUGUUAAAAUAAAAUAAAAGCAUUUAUAUAUAUAUACACAUAUAUAUAUAUAUAUAUAUAUAUAUAUAUAUAUAUAUAUAUAUAAAAUAUAUAUAUUAUAUAUCUAAUUUCCUGGCCAUAUCCAUGGCAGCACAACAAUGGGUAGCUCCUCCCCUAUCCCUAGUUAGACAGGAACUAAUUAAAAUAAGGGUACAAAUACCCCCUCCUACCUCCUCCUCCCUCAGUCUUUUUGUUCCUGUCCUAUCCCUAUAGGACCAAAUUAGUCUAUUUUCAGGACUAUAAUCACUUUUUCUUUUAUGGCUUACCUGAGGGUUUUUACCUUCUGCCCCCAAGGAAGUUCAGCCUCUCUUCCUUGGGAAGCUUCAGUAUCCGGCCCUGUGCAAAGGUGUCCCCCUGAAGAUACCCCCUUAGUGACCGGGGGUUCUACUUGCAGUGACCCUAGGGGUAGCAAGAGAAAAAAAUGCCAAACAAUUCUGAUUCCCUGCAGUGACCAAGAGGUAGCAGGAAGUGGCGAGAAGACCUUAUUCUGGAUGGAUUUCUUCAUAUUGAAGUACACCCCACAUGUAUGUAUGUACAAAUACUUUCUGCAUAUAUUCUGUAUUUGUUAAAUAACAUAUGUGUGGGUUUCCCCCCCUACCUAUGAUUUCUUUGUACCUUGCUUCUAUAACUUUAACACUUGUCUUCUCGGCGUCCUGUUCCCCCUAGGGCGCAUGUGCGCCGUUUUCGCGCGUGCUCGCUUGUUCGCGGGCACGCUAGCUUCGCGUGCACGCUAGUUUCGUGUGCACGCUAUGUCCACGCGCGCGCCUAAGUCGGCGCCUGGGUUCCGGCUGCCGUGAGGGUGCCUCCUGCUAGGAGGUUGCUUCCGGGUUUGGGCCGCGCAUGCGCAGUUAGCGAGCGGUGAAUUCGCUCGUUCUGAGCAUGCGCGGAUAGGCGGUGACGUCACACGCCUAUUUAAGCGCCAAAAGUGUAUAAAGAGUUUACCUGAGGUUCUCAUUAGGUCUUUAGAGGACCUGUUGUCAUACAAUUUUCUACUUUGAAUAGUAUUUCUUUUGCAAGAAAUAUUUGAAGGUAAGUUUUACUUCUUAAAGGUAUAUACACAUUGUUUUUUUCCAUUUUUUCAUUUCUUCUUCUUCCUUUCUUUCUAUACUAAUUAAAUUACUUUUCUAGACUGUUCGUAAUCAUCUCCACAAUGGAGAAAGACAAAAGGAGAUCAAUUUCUUCUGAUUCGGACUCUUCUGGAUAUAAAAAUAGGUCACACUCUAGGAGUUAUAGGUAAGCCAUAUCAUAUCAUUAUUUUUUCUUCUGGAAUAUAGGAUACAUAAAGUAAAAGAGUGCUAAUAUGAGAUAUUUCCCUAUCAUGAUAGUUCUACGGGAAAGAAAACAGUGAGAUCAUCCAAAGGAAAAUCUCCAAAGAAAAAUCAAUGCAAAGCCUGUAAUAAUAAUAAACGGUUAAUAAACGGUUAUGUGCAGAAUGUUUAUCUGAAGCGGCUGGAACAUCUAAUCCUUCAAUGGAAUUUGUACAGUUCAUAAAACAAGCGGUGGCUCAAGGUAUCAAAGAAGCGGGGGCAAGUCACAAAAGACCCCGGUUACAUGAACCUUUAGAUUACCAACAUAAUGAUUCGUCAGAUGAAUCCAUGGAUAUGGAAUCAUACCAGGGGAAUUUCUUAUCUUCAGACGAAGAAGAAACUCAGGCCCCUGCAGAUUUUCUAGAACCUGCUCAGAUAGACCACCUCAUUUACAAAGUCCGUAAAUCUUUGAGCUUGAAGGAAGCAGUUGCAGAACAGUCAACCUCUUAUCGUUAUUUCUCAGACUUCAGAAAGAAAAGAGCAACCUUUCCAGUGCAUGAUACUAUUAAGGAAUUAAUUAAAGACGAGUGGUCUAAUACAGAUAAGAAACUUUCAGCACAAGGCAGAAUAUCUCGCCUCUAUCCUUUUGACAAGUCUGAUUCUUACCAUUGGGAUAAUGCCCCUAAGGUGGAUGCGGCAGUAGUUCGACUCGCAAAACAUACCACAUUACCAGUAGAUGAUGCAGGCUCAUUUAGACACCCAAUGGACAAAAAGAUGGAUCUGCAUCUCUCAAAGGCUUAUGUUGCAGCAGGGACUGGUUUUCACCCUGCUAUAGCUCUUACUUCAGUGUCCAGGGCCCUAAAAAUCUGGAUCGAAAACUUGGAAGAAGAUAUCAGAGAUGGGAGAAACAGAUCUUCUCUUCUGGAAAGAUUAAAUGAUAUUAAACUGGCCGUUGACUUUACCUCAGAAUCCUCGGUGGACAUGGUGAAGGCCUUAGCAAGGAACAUGGCUCUUUCAAUUUCAGCUAGAAGAGCAUUAUGGCUGAGAUCCUGGUCCGCAGAUUCAUCAUCAAAGUCUAGUCUAUGCGCCCUUCCUUUUUAUGGUGAGAUGUUGUUUGGUAAAAACCUAGACGAGGGCAUCAAAAGAGCUGCAGAAGGUAAAAAAGCCUUUCUUCCACAAGACCGGAAAACCAGUGGAUCCUUUCGAGCCAGAAGAUACUCUGAAUACCCCUCUUUUCGCGAUACCAGAUCUUAUAAACCAGGAAGAGAAUAUGGAAGAUCUAUUCCAUGGAGAGGUGGACAUUCAUCCAACAGAGGAGGAAAGUCUAGAGGUUCCUCAUUUCACAAGAAGCCUUUAUGACAAUCCCACCUACCAUUCUGGAGGAGUAGGUGCCCGUCUACUACUAUUCCAGAAUAUGUGGAAACAUUCAACUCAAGACAGAUGGGUGCUGGAUAUCAUACAAAGAGGUUAUCUUAUAGAAUUCUCCACAAGGCCGCCACCUCGCUCCUUCCAGAAGACAAUCUGGCCAAGAGAUGUAGAAAAAAGAGAUUCCCUAAAAAAGUUUAUCUCAUCCCUUCAAGACGAUGGAGUUAUCGUUCAAGUUCCAAGAGCUCAACGAACACAUGGGUUUUACUCCCAUAUCUUUCUCACCAGAAAAUCCACAGGGGGAUGGAGACCAAUAUUAGAUCUAAGCAGACUAAACAAGUUCCUAAACAUAAGGAAAUUCAAGAUGGAGUCUCUUCAAUCCAUCGUAAAAGCAGUUUUUCCAGAUCAAUGGCUCAUGUCAAUAGACCUGGCAGAUGCGUAUUACCAUAUUCCCAUAGCACCCCAGCAUCAAAAAUUCCUCAGAUUCGCUGUGGAAGAGGGUCAUUUUCAGUUCCGUGCUCUCCCUUUUGGGCUAAGCACUGCUCCACGUACUUUCUCAAAAGUUCUGGUGGUUCUCAUCGCAGAACUCAGGAAGAAAGGCAUUGCAGUAUAUCAUUACCUCGACGACAUCUUGAUUCUGGCAGAAAACAGAGAUAUAUUAGAAGAUCACGGCCUGAUAUGUAUACAGUAUCUUCAACAACACGGAUGGAAGAUCAAUUUCGCCAAAAGCAACCUAAAGCCAUCCCAGAACAUGAUAUAUCUAGGAGCAGCAUUCAACACUGCAGAAGGUUCCGUCCAACUAUCCCCAGAAAGGGGUAUGAAAAUUCGGAAAAAAGUCAAAGACAUGUUAGCAUCCAGUGUUUCCUCAGCAGAGACAACUAUGAGCCUCCUGGGAUCAAUGUCCUCCACCAUAGGACUUACAAGAUGGGCCCAAUGGAGAAUGAGGCCUUUCCAAAGGAAUUUCCUUUCUCAAUUCAAGGGCAAUCUGUCUCAACCUAUAAUGAUCCCUCCUCACGUACAAGAAUCCCUGAAGUGGUGGACCCAGAAAGAGUCUCUCUUCAGAGGUUAUCCCUUAGGAAACAUUCCAUGGAUCAUCAUCACCACAGAUGCCAGUCAAUGGGGCUGGGGAGCCCACCUUCAAUACAACUAUGUUCAGGGGAAAUGGGCAUUUUCAACCUCCGACACCCCUUCGAAUCUUCUAGAACUUCUGGCAGUUUUCAAGGCUCUAAUGCACUUCCAGCAACUUUUACUUCACAAAUGGGUCAAGAUCAGGACAGACAAUGCCACAGUUGUGGCAUAUAUAAAUCACCAAGGAGGGAUGAGAAGUUGCAGAAUGAUGAAACUUAUGAAACCUUUGAUGUCCUGGGCUCAAAUGAAUUUGGAGAAUAUCUCUGCAAUACAUCUCCCAGGAACUCAGAACUCUGUGGCAGACUUUCUCAGCAGGGUGAGAUUAGACCCGGGAGAAUGGAGUCUAUCAGACAUAAUAUUUCUACAGAUCGUAGAAAAAUGGGGCCUUCCCCAGAUAGAUCUAAUGGCUACAAGCAACAACAGAAAAGUCAAGAACUUCUUUUCGAGAAUUCCAGAUCCCCAAGCCAUAGGAAGAGACGCAUUGACAUGCAGUUGGAACUUCGACCUGGCUUAUGCCUUUCCUCCGAAGCCCCUCAUCUUCCCUCUGCUAAGGAGACUACGACAAGAGAAGACAUCACUGAUUCUAAUAGCCCCUUUUUGGCCUCGCAGACCUUGGUUCCCGCUCCUACUAAGUCUGUGCAAGAAGGAUCCAUGGCAUCUUCCAGUUGUCCCAUUCCUGCUACAUCAGGGUCCAAUUCAUCAUCCAAACCCAGCAUCCCUUCGUCUGAUGGCAUGGUACUUGAAAGGGAUGGGUUAAAGAACAAGGGGUUUUCAAGAUCAGUAAUCGAGACUCUUCUUCAAGCAAGGAAGAAGUCCACUUCAUCCACGUACUACAGAAUAUGGGAUGUAUUUUCUUCAUGGGCCAGUUCAAGGCCCUUUGAUAUUUUGAACCCUUCAACUACUGACAUUCUUGAUUUUUUACAAUCAGGUCUAGAGAAGGGAUUGAGUUAUAACACUUUAAAAGUACAUGUUUCAGCUCUCUCUGCUUUAACUAAUCAUAGAUGGGCUCUGGAUCCGGACAUAGCUAGAUUUCUGACUGCAGUCCUCAAGAUCAAGCCACCCAUUAAGUCUAUUACUCCGCCAUGGGAUCUCCCUCUGGUCCUGAAGGCUCUUAAAGCAGAUCCUUUUGAACCUAUGGCAUCAAUUUCCUGUCAUCUUCUCACGAUCAAGACAGUUCUACUAGUAGCCCUAGCCUCUGGUAGAAGGGUUUCUGAUCUUCAGGCUCUUUCGGCUCGAGAACCUGUUACGAUAUUUCAUAAGGACAGAGUCAUCCUGAGAACGGUUCCAGAAUUCCGCCCUAAGGUUACUUCAGAGUUCCAUAUGAAUGAAGAAAUAAUCCUUCCAGCAUUAAGUACAGAAGAAUCUAAUAACGGGGAAAACGCUGAUGAUGAUACUAUCGACCUAGUAAGAUGUCUUAAGAUAUAUAUACAAAGAUCCUCAGAAUGGCGUAUUUCGGAAAGGCUUUUUGUUAUUCCUAAUGGCCCUAGGAAGGGUCUGCAAGCUUCGAAAGCCACUAUCAGCAGAUGGAUAGUUUCGGCCAUUAUCCAAUCUUAUAGAUCAUCUAAUACAAGUGUUCCUGAAGGUUUGAAAGCUCAUUCUACACGUUCCCUUUCUUCAUCCUGGGCAGCUGCAGCAAAGGUUUCUACAGAACUGAUUUGCAAAGCAGCCACUUGGUCAUCUUCUAAUACAUUUAUUAGACAUUAUCGUUUAGAUGUAAGAGCUGGCCAAUACGAUGGAUUUGGCAGAUCAGUUCUUUCUGCCUCAAAGGAUUAACUACUAUUCUUUUUGUUCAUCACAUUGAGUUGUUUGUGAUAAUACACUUGCAUUAUAUAAUAAUGUGUCUGAGUUUUUCUUUCCCUCCCUUGGUUUUAGCUUGGGUAUUACCCAUUGUUGUGCUGCCAUGGAUAUGGCCAGGAAAGAGAUAAAUUUACUCAUACUUACCGUAAUUUUCUUUUCCUGGUCAUAGGCCAUGGCAGCACAAAGGUCCCACCCAGGGAUAUUGCUGUUAACUAGACUGAGGGAGGAAGAGGUAGGAGGGGGUAUUUGUACCCUUAUUUUAAUUAGUUCCUGUCUAACUAGGGAUAGGGGAGGAGCUACCCAUUGUUGUGCUGCCAUGGCCUAUGACCAGGAAAAGAAAAUUACGGUAAGUAUGAGUAAAUUUAUCUCUAUAUAUACAUCUUAUAUAUAUGUAACGUGAUACUUAAUGUAUUUUCAUGUUAAUAUAAGCACAUAUAUUAAUCUUAAAAUACACUUAGAAUGACGUUACAUAUAUACAAGAUAGAUAUAUAUAUUGUAUAUAUUAUACAUAUAUAUAUAUAUUGUUUAUAUAUAUAUAUAUAUGUAUAAUUACAAUAGUAAAUAAGUAAAAUAAUAAAAUAAAUUAAUAAAAUAUUUAAAACAAAUUUAAAUAAAUUAUAUGUACACUUAGAAUGACAUUCUAUAUCUAUCUAUCUAUAUAAAAAAUACAAAGAACUGCAAAUAUUUAUAUAUAGAUAAAUAUAUAUACUUACAUAAAUAACUACAUAAGUAUACAUGUAGAAUUUAAAUACAUAUAUAUGUAUAUAUAUAAAACUUCUACGUGUAUGCUUAAGUAAUAUUUUAACAUAAUUAUGUGAUUUACUUAAUUAAAAUUUGAUUGACGUGCCUGACAACCAAAGCAGCAAGUGCAGAGAAUUGAAUUUGCACGCGCUAUAUUUAACCCUGUAACUCUCCAAGACACCAUAAAACCUGUACAUGGGGGGUACUGUUUUACUCGGGAGACUUCGCUGAACACAAAUAUUAGUGUUUCAAAAUGAUACAUUGUAUUACAACAAUGAUAUAUUUAGUAAAAGUGACAUUUUAUGCAUUUUUCACACACGAACGGCACUUUUACUGACAAUACUAUUGUUGUAAUAUGUUUUACUGUUUUGAAACACUUAUCUCUAUGUUCAGUGAAGUCUCCCAAGUAUAACAGUACCCCCUAUCUACAUGUUUUAUGGUGUUUUGGAAAGUUAGAGAGUCAAAUAUAAGGCUUGCAUUUCAUUUUUUUCACAUUGAAAUUUGCCAGACUGGUUACGUUGCAUUUGAGACCAUAUGGUAGCCCAGGAAAGAAAAUUACCUCCAUGAUGGCAGACCAUUUGAAAAAGUAGACAACCCAAGGUAUUGCAAAUGGGGUAUAUCCAGUCAUUUUUUAGUAGCACUUAGUCACAAACACUGGCCAAAUAUUUGUUUUUUGCUUUUUUCACACAAAAACAAAUAUGAACACUAACUUUGGCCAAUGUUUGUGACUAAGUGGCUACUAUAAAACACUGGACAUACCCCACUUGCAAUACCUUGGGUUGUCUACUUUUGCAAAUGGUAUGCCAUCAUGGGGGUAAAUCUAAUUCCUGGGCUACCACACGGUCUCAAAGGUGACAUUACUAAUCUGGCAAAUUUCAAUGUGAAAAACCUGAAAAAUGGAAUGUGCUAUAUUUGAUCCUUUAACUUUCCAAAACACCGUAAUAACUGUUAAUGGGGGGUACUGUUGUACUCGUGAGACUUUGCUGAAUCAAAAUAUGUUGUUUUUUUUUUGCAGUUAAAUCUAACGGUAUUAUGACAUUUACAGCUAAAAAAAUUUUUUUUACAAAUCUUAAUUUCUUACAGUUUUUUUAAAUUUUAUUAAUAAUAAAUUAUGUUUCAAAUAUGAAUAGUUCAUGAAAAAUUAAAGCCCAGUUUCUCCUGACCAAAAUGAUAUAUAAUAAGUGUGGGUGCACUUAAUAUGAAUGAGGUGAAUUACGGUUGAACAGACAUAUAGAGCAAAUACCAGUUUUUGUUUACAUUUUGUUUUGAUCAGAACGUGUACUAUUGACUCCGUCCUGAAGGGGUUAAAUCUAGGUCUUUUGUUUCUUCAUGUUGUGUAUGUUUGCUCUUGCAAUGCUCACAGCACAGCCAACCACAGCAAUUGUCAAGAAAAAAAAAAGUAUUUAUAUUUAUGCUAACAAUACAGCUAUAUUAUACAGAUAAUGAAUUUGAAAUAUAUACAUUAAAAAAAAAGUAACUUUCAGGAUACUGUAUUUGCAAAUCCGCGAUACAGAUUGGGAAGUGAUUCAAAACUCUAAUUCUAACCUCUUGUUGCUCCAAAUGAGAAUGUGUAACCCUAGCAUAUCCCUGAAGGCAUUUGUGGGUAUGACAUUUAGACAUUGACACCAGUUUCAUUCAUGAAAACACAUGAAUGAAACUGCUACACAAUUUUACAGAACAAACUAGUUAUUUUAAAACCGUAAAAGAAGGUGUAGUGUCUGAAGUGUCCUUUGGGGAAUGUAUGUAAUGACAAAAAAAGGAAAUACAAAAAAGACUGAUAGUGUAGUAAGUUAAAAAUGUCUUGAUAGAGUAAGGAAAAUUAACAUUUGUACACUCACACUUUUAGGGAGCUUAAAUACAGCUCCAGCUUGCACGCCUGGGCAGAAUGAUCCCAGCCUAUGGAUAUAUUGUGGUACAGAUUCUUCAAAUUGUCCUAAUAGUAAUGGGUAUCCUCAUAAAAAUAUAAAAGACGAAGUAAAAGUAAAUAGUGUAGUAUGUUGAGCUUAAAAGCAGAGGUAUGCAUGUAUAUAAAUGUGAGUGUACAAAUUUAAAAUUUCCUUACUCUGUCAAGACGUUUUUAACUUACUACAGUAUCAGUCUUUUUUGUAUUUCCUUUUUUUGUCAUUACAUACAUUCCCUAAAGGACACUUCAGGUACUACACCUUCUUUUCCUGUUUUAUCCUACCCCCUAUCAGACGAGAGACUCUGUUUUAGUGAUUAAGCUGCCUUUGGACUAUAUUAGUAAAGGCUAUGGAUUGGUUCGUUUGUAGAAACCAAUGAGGGAGGGUUUUGGAAGACAAAGGACAUUCUGCAGCUUAUAACAACAUUGAGGAAUACGUAGUUCCUUAUAUUAGAAUGGCUCAGUUAUUAUCCAUCUAGAACAGAGUUCCCUUGUGAAACUUUAGUUUAUCUCAUUCUAAUUUUAUCAUUUCAUCUAUUUGAGUAUCUGCAUCAUCAGUGUGCACUUUCAUUCAUAGUAUUCACUUCCUGUUACAGUUUCCUCAGUACCCUGUUUUUUAGAGUAUGCUAACCAUAUUAUCAUAUAACCAUUUAACUUCGAAUUCAUAUACUAACAAAUAACAUCUGUUUUCUAUUUGUAAGCUUUGGUUACGAUUAAUUCACAAUCACGUGGAUUUAAGUCAUACUAUAUGAUAAUUCCAAUUAGAAAUAUUGCCACUGUCUCUACAAACUAUGUUGCCACAGUUUUUUAAUAGAUACCAGUGUAAUCUUGUUUUAUUGUCGCCAUACUCUGGCUAUCAAAUAGAAAUGUCUGAAAGGUUAAGAUAAUUGUAAUUGACUUAUCAUAUUUAUUUAAUAGGUCGGACUCAUAUUAGGCAUCAUCCUCAUGCUGACAGGUCUAGCAGUCCUUGCGGUUGGCUUCCUGGUACCUCCGAAAAUCGAGGCUUUUGGAGAAGAUGAUUUUGUUGUUGUGGAUAGCCAUGCCAUUCAGUUUAAUGGAGCACUUGAUAUCUGUAAGUUAUCUGGUGCUAUUUUGUUCUGUAUCGGAGGAACUACCAUGGCGGCAUGUCUCUUAUUGUCUGCUUUUGCAAAGAGUUACUCCAAAGAAGAAAAAUACCUUCAACAAAAAUUUAAAGAGAGGAUAGCAGACCUAAAAGCUCACGUCCACCCUGUGACAAAGGCCCCAACACCUGGAGAAUCAAAGAUACCGGUCACUCUGUCUAAAGUUCAGAAUGUUCAGCCUUUAUCUGAAACUUGACAUUCAAUCAUUAGUGUGAAAAAAAUUAAAUUGAAAAUGGUCAGCUUUUUUGAAUGUUACAGUGAAAGUUUAAUUUUGUAGUUCGGUCAAACUGUACCUGGUUGAGAAAUAUGUUGAUAGGCCCACUAUCAGCAAAAUGUGAAAAGAUCACAGGUUUUCGUCUGUUAAUGUGGGCAUUUUACUUUCCAUAAAUGGUAAAAUUUCCCAAAUCCGUACAGUUGGUUACUCACAAUAUGCUACUUAACAGCUACAGCAAAAUGCUGUUUGUGUCGUGGUUUGGCUUUUUUUGCACUUGCAUAUGAUUUAUGUUUUCUUACAGAUCUUAAUUGAAUGGGGAAAUAUUUUCAAUGCUGUGUGCCAAGUAUCUAGGAUGGUUGACUCAUAUCUAUUAUGAUAUGCUUGACAUAUUGGCCUGACCACAGAAGCUUGAGAGUACAUUCAUUUUACAAUUGUGUUGUUUAGUGCUUAGACCUAAGAUUUAUAUCACUUCCUUAUUAUUUUAGCUUUCUUAGUCUUUGUUUAUCUCAGUGUGUAAUCGAAGCCUUUAUUUCACAGUGCAUUCCUUUGACACUUUUCAGUAUCAAUCAUAAAAUUGGUUUCUUGUUUAGUCUGUUCCUGCACAAACAUUCUACAGCCAACAUUAAAGGCAAAUUUAAACCUCAAAGGAAAAAUAAAAGAAUUGAAGUAGAAACUAGGUUUUCACAAUUACAUCACAGCUUCACAAUUUGCUGUCCGUGCUAAUUUAAUGACAAAAGUCAGUGUUUACAUUUUUACACAUACUCAAACGCUUACGGAUGCAGAAGAAAUUGGUACUUCAUUAAUGUCCAUUAUACCAGGGUUAAUGGUAGUUGUUCUGUGAUCUUUAAAAAGCAGUUCAUCAUCACAUGGUAUUGUGUUUCUUUGUAGAAAGGGGCGCAAGGAAAAAUAAAAUAAAAAACCUGCUAAUGCAUCCCUAAUCAACGCAAGCAGAACAUUAACUUUACAUUUCUUAUAUUGAAAGAACAUUUUAUUGACAUUUCUAGAGUUUUCUUGGAGCAAGAUGACCCCUGUUACAAUUGAAAAAUAAUAACACAUUUUGCAUUUAUUCUGUCAUCUGUAGAGUAGGUGAAAAAGCAAACUAUCGUUUAUUUUAUUUUUUUACUUCAACACAAAAGCAUUUCCAAAUAUCUAGUAACACAAUUCGAUGAGCGCCUAGUUCUCCAGCCAUAAUAGACAUCUGUAUUUCAGCUGUUGCGGACUAACACUAGCACUAGAUCAAUAAUCUGGUUGAGAUUCAUAGGAAUCGUGGUCCCCAGCUAAUGGCAUGCAGAUGUCAGUUACCCCAAGUACAUUUUAUCAAGACUCCUAGAAUGAUUUUUUUGGAAUUAUGUUUAUUCAGGGAAAAUUAAAAGAGCAGAGCUUGUUUUUUGACUUUCAUAAAUUUACAUUAUUUAUUUAUAAUACUUUCCACACUGACCAAAAGUCACCUGUAUAUUGACAUAUUUAUCACUGCCAAAGUGCUCUUUAAUAAAUCCAAUUACCAACUGAUGGCAACUUUCAUAUAUUUGCACAUUUGUCACAAUGCAGAGAAACCAGUAUACAUAACCAUUUCACCAGCCUGUGCACAAAUGUGUUGAAGAUUGUAAGUCAACGUACUCUGCAUUUCAGGUUCACUAGCUGGAAGGCAACUGUAGAAUAUAGUCUGGGAGCCCAUAACAGGACAGUGGAGAAAAACGGCCUUGUAAGAAAAUGUUUUACUCAGACCUGACAGCUCUCUUAACCAGCAAUGGAAGUUAAUAUUUGGUGAUAUUCUAUGUGUUUUCCAUGGUUCUUUUAACUUAUAAACAGUGUGAAAAGAGGGUUAAAAAAGCUGGGGAAAGUGGAAAUGUUUUACAGAUUGAAUGCUGCAGUUUACCUACUCCUUUUCUGAAGACUUUUUAGGUGUCUGCCAAAAUAGUCAUAUUUUCAUAAAUAUCCAACGCUGCUAUUUUGACUUACAUUUUGCAACAUAUUUGUCAGAAUGCUACAAUGCAAGGUUAGUGAAUUAAAAACCCAUUCAAACCCAAUGCAAAGCUUUAAAAAUAAUUUAUCUGUAAUUUUGCCAUUUUAUAUUAUUAUUUUAGUUCCUCCUGGCUUCGCUAUAGAUAUAUAUUUCUAUUUUGUAUGGUAAUGCAGACAAUCUGAGAAGUUACAAGGGAUGUUGGCUCCAUGACCAAGAAACAAAAUGGAUGCUUUGUUUAACAAUUUCUUUAUUUUUUGAAUAUCAAUCCCUAGACAUACAGCUCAAUAAACAUUUUAAAGUGGCACAGUAUAUUCUCCCCAACACUCCUGCUGGAUUUCCUACUGACAUAUGUAGACGAAUUCCCAAGGUGUCAUUCAACGAAUGUCAUUCAACGAAUGUCAUCCACCGAUAACUCCUGCUGUUGACAAAAUGAAUAAGACCCUACAAAGUGAAAAUGGUUGUACACCACAAACUUUUCUUGCUAACUGGGUAACAUUUAAGAAUUAAGUACUUAUUGCAGGAUGCUACAUGUAAAGUGUCACACCACAGAAAUGUGUUUACAUGAUAAGUUGUUGCAUUUCACCAUUUUAAUCAUUGUAGUUUGAUAGAGGAUGUAAUAUCAAAAUCCACACCUGUAAUUUACAACCUUGUUAAUGUUCUGCAGUAGCCUGUGUCUUUCAAUUGCGUACACUGUCUAGAGCACAGUAAAACGUCUUCCCUUUAAUGCCUGGAUAAAUUGUGUCUGGGAAGGGAAAGAUGAAUGUAAUAACAUGUUAUCAGUUCUAUUACUAUGUUUCUCUCAGAGUACAGUAACAAGCCAAAAAAACACAGUUGUCUACAUCGGAGAUUUUGAGACAAAACCUAUACAAAUAUGCAAAUAUGCAAAGCCAAUAUCUUGAAUUAUCCAGAAAACAUGUUACCAUGUGCUAAUUGUAUGUUUAAAAGGAGUAAUAAUAAAUGUUUUUAUACUUUUUCCCUUUCCCCAUUGCAAGAGUGCAGUAAAGUCAUCAACUUUAUGUCAUACUUAUAUCAAAUAAGAGAACUUUAUAAAUGUGAUGUUCUAUUUUUAUAGCCAUAUUAAUAUAUUCCUUCACUUAGUAUGUGUUCUGUCUACACGUAUAUAUGACUUUUUUUCAGCAACAAAAAAAAGAGAUCAACUUUUUUUUUGUCUUAAAAUACCAAUAAUUCUAAUUUUUAAAUGCAGUCAUUAUAUCAUAUUGACUUUAUCUUGUAUGAUUGGGACACUAUCUUCACCUGAUCAUGUGUUAAUUCACAAACAGUGAAGUAUGAUAAACUGAAAUUAUUAUUAUGCUAAAUGUAGGCCAAAAUGUUCUCUAUGAAAAAAUAAAUAGCUCAAAUUUUCUAUCUUAGCUAUAUGGGUCUCCGUUUUGAAAUUCAGUUGUCAAUUUAAACAUAAUUCAGGGUUUUGUGAUUCACUUACACUGUUUGUUGCACUUGCUUUUCCACUUGUUGGAACUUAAUGUUGCUGCGAGUAGAGCUAGCACAUCAUUAAUCAACAGAUACUUCACUUCUAACUAGUGAUGUCCCGAACUGUUCGCCGAACGGUUCGCCACAAACGGUUCGCCACGGACUCAUCAUUGAGUAAACUUUUACCCUGUACCUCACAGUCAGCAGACUCAUUCCAGCCAAUCAUCAGCAGACCCUCCCUCCCAGACCCUCCCACCUCCUGGACAGCUCACUAAGAAUGCAGCUUCACAAUGGAUGCUGUCCAGGAGGUGGGAGGGUCUGGCAGGGAGGGUCUGCAGGGAUUGGCUGGAAUGUGUCUGCUGACUGGGUGGUACAGGGUCAAAAUUUACUCAAUGAUGAGUCCGCGGCAAACCGUUCGUGGCGAACCGUUCAGUGAACAGUUCGGGACAUCACUACUCCUAACACUUAGGGUUUAUUAAACUGGGAUUUGUAAGGUAUUGACAAUGGAAUCGCACAUUUUACAACAAAAUUGUUGAAACCAGAAAAAAACUAGUUUUUCUAAUCUCUAAUAUUUUGGCCUAAAAUUAGCAAUUCCUUCUCAGUCCUUCCAUAUUUCUACACCUCCUUUAUAUGCUACACAAAUCAGACAUCUAGAUGUUUAACAUUAUUGUGAAUAGCAAAGGAAUAAUGAAAUCGUAGAUAAUGUUAAUUUUUACAUAUUUUCUUCACUUGUAAACUGUUGUUGCAAGAACGUUGAGCGAUAUCAGGAAUUGUUGAUGGAAACCGAAGCUUUGUCUGUUUACAAGUGAGAAAAAAAAAAUGAGAUGUUCCAAAUGUUCAUUGUAGAGGUCACAUGAUUAGUAGAUGCCAUCUGUAUUGUCUGAAAUAAACCACUGUUGAGCAAUGAC